GUCAUUCUAGAGACGUGGUCUCAGUGAGUGAGUAUCGAUGGCGACAUACGCGGAGUUUAUCGCUCAAAACGAGGAACGUGACGGCGUCAGAUUUACAUGGAACGCAUGGCCAUCAAGCCGACUCGAAGCAACGCGAAUGGUUGUGCCAGUUGCGUGCAUGCUGACGCCUCUGAGAGAGCGACCGGAUUUGCCGCCCGUUCAGUAUGAUCCUGUUGUGUGUAAUCGCAGUCCGAACUGCGUUCUCAAUCCGUUCUGCCAGGUUGAUUUCCGUGGGAAGACGUGGACGUGUCCGUUCAGUUACCAACGCAGUGCGUUCCCUCCUCAAUAUCGCGGAAUAUCCGAACAACACCAACCAGCCGAGAUAUUGCCACAAUUCACGACCAUCGAAUACACACUUCAGCGCGGUGCAACUGCUCCACUUGUUUUUCUCUUUGUUGUCGACACUUGUAUGGAUGACGAUGAUUUACAAGCCAUCAAGGAGUCGCUUCAGAUGUCAUUGAGUUUACUUCCACCUACAGCUUUGGUUGGCUUGAUUACGUAUGGAAAAGUGGUGCAGCUUCAUGAGUUGGGAUGUGAGGGGAUUACAAAGAGUUACGUGUUUAAGGGUACAAAGGAGGUGCCACAGAAACAGAUUCAGGACUUGUUGGGUCUUAGUCGGCCUCAGGCACAGCAGCAGCAGCAGCAGCAGCAGCAGCACGGUCAGCAACCGGUUGUUCAACAGCCUGGGAUGGGGGGAAUGAACAGGUUCCUUCAACCCGUUGAGAUGUGCGACAUGAGUCUAACCGAUCUUCUCAGCGAACUACAACACGACCCGUGGCCAGUUCACCAAGGAAAACGCCCACUGAGAUCAACCGGAGUUGCCCUCUCGUUAGCAGUCGGUCUCGUCGAGGCAACGUAUCCAAGCACCGGGGCUCGUAUCAUGUUGUUCGCUGGUGGAGCGUGUACGCAGGGCCCGGGAAUGAUAAUUGAUAAUGAGUUGAAGAAUACAAUUCGUUCGCAUCACGACAUCGAGAAGGACAAUGCAAAGUACAUGAAGAAAGCCAUCAAGUUUUAUGAGACGCUGGCGACACGGGUGGCCGAGAAUGGUCACAUUGUGGAUUUGUAUGCGUAUGCUCUUGAUCAGACCGGUCUUCAUGAAAUGAAAUAUCUUUGUAAUUUUACCGGAGGUCAUAUGGUGAUGGGCGACUCGUUCAAUACUGCGCUGUUUAAGCAGACAUUUCAGAGGCUGUUCUCUAAGGACGUUAGAGGAGAAUUACGGAUGGCUUUCGAGGCAACAUUAGAAGUCAAGACGUCUCGUGAGCUGAAAGUGAUGGGAGCCAUUGGUCCUUGCAUUUCGAUGAAGAAGAACAAUGGCUGUGUAUCGGAUUCUGAGAUUGGCGUUGGAGGCACGAGUUCGUGGAGAAUUUGUGGUCUUGAUUCGUCGGCAAGUAUUGCAGUACUUUUUGAAGUUGUAAACCAGCAUUCGUCUCCGGUUCCUCAAGGCUCUCGUGGUGUCAUCCAAUUCGUGACUACGUAUCAACACUCAAGUGGUCAACGUCGAGCAAGAGUCACCACACUAUCUCGCAAUUUUGUAGACGGAUCAUCCAGCCCUCAACACAUAGUAGCAAGUUUUGACCAGGAAUGUGCAGCUGUGGUUCUAGCAAGAAUGGCUGUUGUCAAGACUGAAACUGAUGAUGGGCCUGACGUAUUGAGAUGGUUGGAUAGAAAUCUAAUUAGACUGUGCCAGAAGGUUGGCGAGUUUAUUAAGGACGACUCUAACUCAUUUCGUCUCUCAGAGUCAUUCUCACUCUUUCCUCAAUUUGUGUUUCACUUGAGGAGAUCACAAUUUCUUCAGACGUUUAAUAACAGUCCAGACGAGUCGGCAUAUUACAAAAACAAACUGAUGAUCGAAGACGUCACAAAUGCUUUGGUCAUGAUCCAACCCAUUCUGUAUUCGUACUCAUUUAAUGGACCUCCAGAGCCGGUUCUAUUGGAUUCAAGCAGUAUUCUUCCUGAUCGAAUUCUUCUUCUAGACAUGUUCUUUCAUGUUGUCAUCUUCCAUGGCGAGACAAUUGCCAACUGGAGGAAGCAAGGAUAUCAGAACUUACCAGAUCAUGCGAAUUUCAGACAGUUGCUGCAAGCUCCAAUAGAUGAUGCUCAGGAAAUUUUGAGAAAUCGAUUUCCCAUGCCACGAUAUGUAGACUGUGAUCAAGGAAGCAGUCAAGCUCGGUUUCUACUAACGCGAGUUAAUCCAUCUCAGACACAUAAUAACCUCUAUGGCUGGUCACAGGAUGGAAGUGGUGCCCCGGUGCUUACAGACGACGUCAGUCUGCAAGUGUUCAUGGAGCAUUUGAAGAAAUUAGCCGUUUCUAGUUCGUCGUAGUCGAUGUAAUGUGAUGUAGAGGGAGAGAUGGGCACUUGAUAAUGACAGCACUCAUUAUUGUAGUGCUAAAAGUUGACAGAUGUAGUUAUUCAUAUUAUACAAAGUAUUAAUUGAUAUCUUGAAAUUUGUCCUCGGA